GACGUAGCUGUCAUGUUUCGAGUCUCCUGGCCUUCCUAUUGGUGGAAUUCCCCCAGGGCAGUUAAUUCACCAAUGAGAGGCUGGGAAACGCAAGGAAGUUUCUUCCAUGUAAGGGAAAAUAUGUCAGUAUACUGCUAAAGAACAGAAGCCGAUGAAGUGACGAAUCGACACAACCGAUCGGUUAUGUUGGAUAAUAUCUUGGAUAAUAUUUCUUGUUAUCCCGUUUGUAACUUGUUUGCAAGUACAGCGAAUUAUUUUUUAUGAGGUCAGACUUGUUCUUAUGUGUCGACCGUCUUCCUCUUUAGAGAAGAUGUCUGACAGCUCUGAGCUGAGCGAGGACGAGUAUGGCUCGUCGGGCGAUUUCUCCAAUGACGAGGUGGACAGUGUGGACGAGCUGGACGGCUCGGACGUGGACGCCGACUACUCGCCGCCCAAUGCCAUCACGUACGGCGGCGGUGACCCGCUGGCCGAUGAGGACCUCGAGAUGGACGCCGGCGAGCGCCGCAGGCGUUCCAGCGAGGGUGAAGGGGGCGCCGUACAGCUCACGGAACACAUAGGCCUGCAGGAGCCGCUGGCCUCGCUCAGAGACCUGCUGGAGCAGCGUAUGGGCAUGGAAUUGUCCGGCUACGAGUACUGGCUGCAGGGCGUUCAACAGCUGGAGCCGCAGCACACGCUGGCCGAGCAGUGUAUAGAGGGCGAGGGCGUCGUGCAGGUGAACGUCGAGCUCUCCAUCUCGCGCGGCCGGCGCAUGAUCAACAUCAUCGACGUGCUGAAGCCGAGCGAGGAGUACAUGGAGCAGCAGCAGCGGCGCCGCGAGCGGCAGGCGGCGCGCGGCGUCAAACGGCCGCUGUCGCCGCCGCCGGAGGCCGGCCGGAAGUCGGAGCCGGAGCCGGAGCCGGCCGAGCGCGAGCUCACGGGCGAGGAGCUGGACACGGUGCUGGAGGAGGUGGCCGCCACGCCCGACGGCGAGGAGACCGAGGACGACGUCGAGAUGCAGGGCGUGCAAGAUGAUGAGUUCAUGUUGCCGGACUUGCCGAUCGAGCGGCUGUCGGUCAGUCCCGACGUGCCGCUGGCGCCAGACCUGGCUGUCGAGCCGUCUGUCCGCUCCCCAGAUGAGCUGGUGCUGCCGGACCUGGUGGUGGAGCCGCCGGCGCCGGCCGCCGAGCGGAGGCCCGUCGGACGGCCGCCGGCCAAGGGGCGACGGCCGACGGCGGCGCCCGCCGCGGCAGACCCGAUCGCCGUCAGCCCGGCCAAAGCGGCGCCUCAGACGGAGACCAAACAGGUCACGCGCUGGGCACUGUCGCCCAAGUUCAAGGAACUCCAGACCACCUUCAAGAUACCCACAGAUCCGUUGUCCUGGAGCAACAAGCACGUGCGUCACUGGUUGGGGUGGGCGCUGGAGCAGUUCCCGGCAGCGGCCAUCAGACGGUCAGAGUUUGAAACGAUGGCAGGUGUGGACCUGUGCGGCAUCGACAAGAAGAAGUUUGCCAACCUCGUGCCCACUGACGCCAACGACCUAUUCUGGACGCAUCUGGAACUGCUCAGGAAGUGCAAGUUUGUCGCCAUUGUUCAACGGGAAGAAAUCGUGACUAACGUGAAACCGAAGAAAAUAAAGGCGAAAUUCAACCUGGAUGGACCCGAAUUCGCCAAUAACACGACCGCCGGCCACAUUCAGCUGUGGCAGUUCCUGCUGGAGCUGCUCACGGACAAGGCGCGACGCGAGAUCAUCCACUGGGUCGGCACAGAGGGCGAGUUCAAGUUCAGUGACCCCGAGAUGGUGGCCCACCUGUGGGGCCAGCGCAAGAACAAGCCCAACAUGAACUACGAGAAGCUGAGCCGCGCGCUGCGCUAUUACUAUGACAGUGAUAUGCUGCAAAAGGUGCCGGGUAAGCGGUUUGUGUACAAGUUCAUCUGCGACCUGCGCGCCGUGCUCGGCUACAGCCCGGCCGAGCUGUCGCGCCUCGUCAUGGAGGCCGAGCACCGCGAGAACCUGGCCAACAAGCAGCGCAUGCGGCACAGGAUGGCGGCCGGCUUCAACUGAGCUGCACUGCUCACUGCUGGACGAGCGGUCGGUGAGCCCACGUCUAGCACGUGCUUUAGGUAGCUGGCUAUCAAUGUUUUUCACACCAAAACACCGGAACAAUGAGAGCGUCUGGAUUGGAUUAGAACCUUUUUUGGUUUCCACUGAAAAUCACCAAAUGACUGAGGUUUUAGGAUCGGUUUAUAUUUGCUACUAUAGGUACUACUCUUUGGAAGCGUUAGUCGCAAUUACAGGCAAUGCGAACCUGUAAACGAUGGAUGUUGGUUCCCGGUAUUGUUGCUAAUUUUCGAAAUUACUUUGGCGUUGUAAGUUAUGUUGGCUGUGAAACUGUUAUCUGCGCUCUAGUUCCAAUUUUGCUAAGCACAGCGAUGAACCGGUUUGCCCUGGUAAUACCAGGGUCCCAUACUGUAAGGUCACCUGUAUCCUUCGGAUGAAGAUCAUAGCGAUGUCGCUGAGGUGCACAUGGAAUGUUUAUUAGAAUGCGUUGGUUCUCAGUAUGCUGAAUGUGCGUACAUCCUUGUCGCGACUCCGUGUGUCUUGCCGGCGACCAUGCCGUGAAGAUGCCUUCCCCGUGCUCGCGAGAUCUGGUGACUGCGGACAAAUGCAGUGCCGUGUUCAUUUCAUACAUGUUAGUGUAUCAUUGUUUUCAUGUAAAUAACUCAUGAUGUGUUCCAAUAGUCUUGCCUUGUAUUCAUGACUUUGUACAGCCAUCCAUGAACUGUGUGUGUGCAGUCAACAGUGUUAACCGUAAAUAGAUAUUUUGUCAUAUUA